GUUCCUCAUCUCUGAUUCUCUUCAAGCUAUCUAUUCCUCAUCUCUGAUUCUCCUCAAGCUCUAACCUUCACUACCCAUUGUGCAAUGCUGAUCUUCUACCAUCUCUCGCUGUGUACUCACACUCGACAGCUUUUCUUCAAUCUCUCAACCACACUUAAAGGUCAUUGGCAACUCACCUCAUUCUCGGCAUCCCUUGUUAUUGUCCGUGAAAACGACAAUGGUUGCUUGCCUGAGUUGCCUCCACUCAUCUCCAACUCCAAGGGUCUAACUCUAGGUUCUAACAAUUAUGGGAAUUUCCUCAAUCUAUUUGAGGAGUUGGAGGAGAAUGAUAAUGAGGAUGAUGAGUCUAGGGAAGUUAUUUCCUCAACUUGAAAUCAUUGAUCAAGCUUAGCUUAAGUUGUUGCUACAUAGUUUGCCUUGUUGGAUUGGAUAGAUGUGUGUGCAUUUGCCACUUACUAAACUCUUUUAUGCCCUUUUUCUUAAUGAACUUACUGUUGGACA